UUCACCAUAUGAGAACCACCCAAAGGCCAAGUGCCGCCAUUGUCUUCACUUUCUCAGCUAUUCUGUGUUUCUCAAACUCACUCAAACACCCUUAAACCCUUUAAUUCUCCAAAACCCUUGAACCCUUUAUCUCUCCCUGCUGCGGCUCCAUCUCUACUCGGCUAUCAGGUAUCUUAUGUAACCCCUUAAUUUAUUUAUAUUUGAAGAUAUUGUACAAAUCUAGUGACCUCUGCCUCUCUCUUCUGUUGUUGUUGUUUUUUAUAUGAGUAUUCAUUUUCUUAUGGGAGAAAGAUAAAAGCUUUACUGAAUUUCCCAUUGGAUUGGAGAAGUGAAAUUUAAAAAAAGAAGAGCUUUUGGUAACAAAUAAUGAUAUGGGAGGAGUUUGUGAUUGAUCUUACCAGAAGGGCAUGCCAUGGGAUCUCAAAUGAACUCUGUCAAUUUCCUUUCGUUUUUUGUUAGGGCUUAAAGCUUUGUCACAUUUGGGUCGCAACAAUUAUACUGCUGUCGAUGGUUUGGCGAAGCAUGCUCUUAGUCUAGACAAUGAACUGAACUAUCUUGGUUUGAAGAGGUCCAUGCUCCGAUUGCUGAUAUCUUGGUGAUGUAUUUCUUAAUGUGAUUUAUAUUGCUUUGUAAAAAACAAAAAAUCUUGUGAGCUUAGAUCUUGUGAGUGUAUCCUAAUUGACAAGGAAGCAAACAGGUUAGAGUGAACCCUAAAUUCACCAUGAGGAAAGCUUCACUCUCCUUUUUCCCACACUUAACUCGCCACAGAAUCAAAUCCCUUACUGGUAUUUUGUCAAGAGAUUACAUUUCUGAUGCUUCUUGUACAUCUCCAUCUUCGCUGGUCUCUCCCAAUCAUUUCAAGCCGUGCUCUAAAAGUCGCGGCUUAUUCUAUAAAAACAAGCAAUUUCAAGUAAAUCCAUCUCGGAAUAUAGACACAACGGUUGAGAAAUCACCUCAAAUGUCCUCAAGACAGAAAAAAGCCAAGGAAAAGACUGACCUUGAAGAAGCUUUUGAGUCUGCAAAGACCCCAGAGGAAAUGCUAUAUGCAUUUAAGAACAUGGAGUCUGCUUAUAGUGAAACAGAGCUUGGGUUGGCUUCUUUGAAAAUCGGCCUUAAACUUGACCAAGAAGGUGAUGACCCUGAAAAGGCUUUGUCUUUUGCUGAAAGAGCCCUCAAUGCUUUGGAUAAGGAUGGUCGACCUUCUUUGCCAGUUGCCAUGGCUUUACAAUUAUUGGGUUCGAUUUAUUAUGGCUUAAAGAGGUUUAAUGAUAGUUUAGGAUACCUUAGUAGGGCCAAUAGGAUACUAGGUAAGUUAAAGGAAGAGGGUUUCGGCUUUGAGGAUAUUGGACCAGUCCUUCAUGCAGUCCUUCUAGCAACGGCAAAUGUAAAGACAGCUAUGGGAAGGAGAGAGGAGGCUCUUGCAGAUCUUAUGAAUUGUUUGAAAAUUAAGGAGACGACUUUGGGGCAAGACAGUCUGGAAUUGGGUAAAUCAAACCGGGAUCUGGCGGAAGCAUAUGUUUCGGUUUUGAGUUUUAAGGAAGCAUUGCCAUUUUGUAUGAAGGCAUUGGAGAUACAUAGGAAAGAGUUGGGACAGAAUUCUGUUGAGGUUGCUCAUGACAGGAGGCUUCUUGGGGUGAUCUACACUGGCUUAGAGGAGCAUGAGAAGGCGUUGGAGCAAAAUAAACUAUCACAAAAAGUAUUGAAGAACUGGGGACUUAGUUCCGAUUUGCUUCGUGCUGAGAUUGAUGCUGCUAAUAUGCAGAUUGCAUUAGGGAAGUACGAGGAGGCUAUUAAUAGUUUGAGGGAUGUUGUUCAGCAAACAGAUAAAGAAAGUGAGAUAAGGGCAUUGGUAUUUAUUUCAAUGGGAAAAGCACUUAGUAGCCAAGAAAAAUCUGCUGAUGCAAAGAGAUGUUUGGAGAUUGCUUGUGGAAUCCUUGAAAAGAAAGAGCGAGUUUCUCCCUUGGAUGUUGCUGAUGCCUACUCAGAAAUAUCAAUGCAAUAUGAGAGUAUGAAUGAGUUCGAAAUCGCUGUUUCACUGUUGAAGAGAACUUUGGCUAUUCUUGAGAAGCUCCCGCAAGAGCAGCAUACCGAAGGCAGUGUCUCUGCUAGAUUAGGAUGGCUACUUUUGUUGACCGGCAAGGUCCAACAAGCUAUUCCUUACUUGGAGAGUGCAGCUGAGAGGUUGAAAGAGAGUUUUGGCUCCAAACACUUUGGAAUUGGAUAUAUUUACAACAACUUAGGGGCAGCUUAUUUGGAACUAGACAGACCUCAGUCAGCUGCACAAAUGUUUGCAGUUGCAAAGGACAUAAUGGAUGUGUCGCUUGGUCCACACCAUGCAGACUCGAUCGGGGCAUGUCAGAACCUUGCAAAGGCAUAUGAUGCCAUGAAAAGUUAUACAUUGGCAAUUGGAUUCCAGAAGCAGGUGGUUGAUGCUUGGGAAAGUCAUGGACCGAGUGCCCGAGAUGAACUUCAAGAAGCCCGUCGGAUGCUUCAACUGUUGAAUAAAAAGGCUCUCGGCGAAGAUCCAAACGAGCUUCCUAGAAAGGCUUUGCCAAUGCCUCAGACUAGUGCAUCUACCAGAAGAGACACUAUUGGGCCCCAAAUCAACCAUAGUUGUAGAAGAAGAUGAUGAUGAAGAAGAAACAUGAGAUAAAGAUACACAAACCAUAUUGGGCCUCUUCUCUGGCAAGUCCAUUAGAGGUUCAUUUGGAUUCAAUAAUAUUUGGACCACUUUUCUCAUAUUGGGCCUAUGUUCAGAAUCUGGAUGCAGACAAGCAAGCCCAAUAACCAAUAAUCUCUUUACUUCCUCCUCUACAUAUCUACCUUGUAAGAGUGGAUCAACACCCACCAACAACUCAUCUUUCCUUACUAAACUCCACACCAUAUCAACCAAACUACUCUCCCCUUUCAUACCCCUUGACCUUCUCCCACAAACCAACUCCAACACCACCAUUCCAAAGCUAUACACAUCCGAUUCCGGGCUCGCUUUACCGGUAAAUCCCAACUCCGGUGCUAAAUACCCGGGAGUUCCAGCUAGCAUGGUAGAAACGACACCUGAAGCCUUGUCGUUUUUUAUCAACCUAGCCAAGCCAAAAUCCCCUAGAUGAGGAGUGUAGUUUGAGUCUAACAUGAUGUUGUUGGGCUUAACAUCUCUGUGGACCACUGGGCUUUCACACUCCUCGUGUAGGUAAAGUAGGGCCGAGGCUAGGCCCGUUAAGAUUUUGUACCUAGUUUCCCAAUCAAGGAAGAGUUUUCCUAUGAAACGAUCAAGGCUACCAUUGGGCAUGUAGUCGUAUACUAAGAGCAAGUGUUGGUUUUCAUGGCACCAACCUUGUAGUUUCAAUAUGUUUUUGUGUCGUAAUCUUCCAA